UCAACUAUUCUUUGUAAAAAUCUAAUCCUUGUUUUAAUGUUUCAUUAUUCUCACAGUGCGAUGCGAUGCGAUACGAUGCGAUGUGAUGCAACAUAAAUAAACUAGAGAAACAUAAAUUUUUGUUUACUUUCUUAAGUAGGUUAUCAUCUGUUAAACUUUUUAAAUAGUGCCUCUACUUACUAUCGCACGCAUUUAUCAAUUUAUAUGCUUAUACAUGAUAAAAUUAACAUUGAUUCGACUUGAUCUCCAGACGUAACCAUUCCCUUAGAAAGUUUAUGGGACACAGUCGAAAAAAAUGUGGCACGUGAAACUUGUCGCGACUGUGAAAAUGUACUAUUUUAUCGCUCUACAGAUAAAGGAUUAAUAAUCCUUUGCUUCUGAAAUGAUAAAACAUUGUAUGAAAUAACUGUCGAUAGUUCUAAUACUUUGUCGCUUAUCGAAUUUACAUAUACCUAAUAUACAUAUCGUUAAAAGUACAUACACAAAUGAGUUUCGCGCUCUAAUUAAAACUUACCUCCGAUAAGUCCGUCCUGCCGUAAUUGUUAAACAGAUCCAUCAUAAUAAUCACUUGUUUUUCUUAACAACAGUAUAUAACAAUGCUUUCAAAAUGCAACAAUCUUUUUCCGAAUAGGUGUCACAAUGAUCGUCCAGGGUGUAUCACAGAUUGGCGUUGAAAGUAAAUAUCAUCGCUGUAUUCGAGAACUUGAAACAGAAAAAAAAACACCUACCACGAAGAAUGUUGCGGCGAUGUCGCGCAGCGCGAUACUGAUCGCUGGUCGCCGGAAUGUCUCUGACGAAGACGGGGUCGGAAGCUCGAUGUGCUGACGCGAAAGACGUCAGCGGGAGAACCGCGGGGAUGGAUAGCGCGGAAGAGCAGGUUUCAACGGGGAUUUCCCGCUCUUCGGGGACCGUCCAAUCACCAACGACACGGUUCGCAAUAGCUGACGCAAUAAUUGCGGAUACACCGCAUUGGCGGCGGUCUUCGAAAACCGGCAAGCGCAACGUCGAAUUUAAUAAACCUUUAACCCAUUCUGUGCCUUUUAUACUCACAGAUUGUUUUUUAAUUUACUACCUAUUUAACUCUUUCCAAUCGUAUAAGUUUUACUAUUGCGCUCUAUCUAAUUUGCAUCAAAUUCAAAUCACUAUCGAGAGCUUCGAUUCGGUUUUCUCAAAAUCUUCCCUGAAACACAGUUUGACGAUCGAGAUUAGCAAAUCGGCAACCUUUGAAGCGAACUGA